AAAGUUCCGAACUAAAUUCCCUCCUGGGCUCCUUCCCUCGUUUUCUGCUCUCUCCGCUUUUUUCAACAUUGGUUUUUCUCUGUUUCCCUCGAGAACUCUCAGAUCCCAUUUCCCCUCUCUACUUCGCUCGAUUUCUGUCCUGAUUCACUUGAUUCUCUCAUCUGUUUCGAUCGUCGGAGACUUGCAGAGGCUUCAGCUUCGAGGGUCUCGAUCCAGAUCGCGUUGAAAACCAAAGACGGGAGGGUAUUUUUUUGAUCGCUGAACCAUCCGAAAAAUCGCGGGAAACCUGCUCAAAUUUUGAUGUCUGGCGCCCGAGGUCCCAAUCGUUCGGUGCAGCCGUCAGGGCAGAUCCUUCAGCAGCAGCAACAACAAUUGAGGCGUCACCUUCCUUUCUCGUCCACGAAGCCGCCGUUCGUACAUCCCGAUGAUUACCACCGGUUCUCGGAGAACCGCAACAAGGCUCCCGAUGAGGAAGCUGAAGCUAUCGUCGUCAAAUCUACUCCUUUGAAGCGGAAGAAUGAAACAGAAGACAUUGAAGCUGAGUCCAGUGAGUGGACUACCAGUCCUGGAUACACUGAAGUGGUUAACAGUCCCAUCCGCACACCUGUAUCAGGAAAAGGGGGCAAGAUAUAUAACAAAAAAGUCUCAAAGCAAAAUAGAGCUGGGCCUCAAACUCCAGCAUCGAAUGCUGGUUCCCCUAGCAAUACUCUCACCCCAGUUGGUACUUGUCGCUAUGACAGCUCUCUAGGUCUCUUGACAAAGAAGUUUAUCAAAUUGAUAAAACGCGCAGAAGAUGGCAUUCUUGAUCUGAACAAAGCAGCUGACAUUUUGGAGGUACAAAAGAGGAGGAUAUAUGACAUAACAAAUGUCUUGGAAGGAAUAGGGCUUAUAGAGAAGAAGUUAAAGAACAGAAUACGUUGGAAGGGACUUGAUGUCUCAAGACCGGGGGAGGUUGAUGAUGAUGUUUCUAUUUUACAGGCAGAAGUUGAAAAGCUUUCCAUGGAGGAGCGCGGAUUAGAUGAUCGAAUAAGAGAAAUGCAAGAAAGCUUGAGAGACCUCAGUGAGGAUGAAAACAAUCAAAAGUGGCUCUUUGUAACUGAAGAAGACAUCAAAGGCCUACCCUGCUUCCAGAAUGAGACCUUGAUCGCAAUUAAAGCUCCACAUGGAACUACUUUGGAAGUCCCUGAUCCUGAUGAGGCAGUUGAUUAUCCCCAAAGGAGAUAUAGAAUUGUACUUAGAAGCACAAUGGGUCCUAUUGAUGUUUACCUUGUCAGUCAAUUUGAAGAGAAGUUUGAGGAGUUGAACGGUGUCGAGGCAUCUCCAAGCGUUCCAAUUGCAUCAAGUUCAGGAUCCAAUGAGAAUACUGUAGCAGCAAUGGUCACUGAAGAGUGCAGAGGAAAAGAGAUAGGGAUGCAGGGACAAGAUGAUCAUAGGAUGUGUUCAGAUCUGAAUGCCUCACAGGACUUGAUGGGUGGUAUCAUGAAGAUUGUACCCUCAGAUGUUGAUAGUGAUGCAGAUUACUGGCUUCUAUCAGAUGCUGGAGUUAGCAUCACAGACAUGUGGAGGACGGAACCUGGUGUUGAAUGGGGUGAUGUGGAUGCACUUCAUGCCGAUGAGUUUAUAAUAGCUGAUGUCAGCACGCCAAGGCCACAAACUCCUCCGUCAGGUAUUGUAGAAGUGCCAUCUAAUGGUACAUCCAAUCAGAGGUGAUUGGGCUUUGGCUGAUGGACUUAACCAACCUCUGGUAUGCCUUCAGAGCCUCUCGUUCCCAUCCAUCUCUUAUAUUGUAUUAUUGAUUCAACGGUAGAGGUGGAAUUGAACAAUGUACAUGGGGUCACAACUGUAUGAUCCCAUGAGAAGAGUUACUGGAAGAUGCCCAGGAAGAAAGUAGGUGGACGGUAGCUAGUCCCAUGUACAGUAGCGGUAAUAUAUUUGAUACCCGCGAUUCAGUUAUAAAAUAAAAUCUUUAUUGUUGUAA